AUGUCUACAAUUACGACAACUUCUAGUACUCGAUUUGCUCGAGAGAGCCAAGUACAAGGGGAAUCUCAAAAUGACGCUAGUUUUGAGAGGGCGGCGCAAGGCAUGCUAGAUUCCGAAUUUGAAGAUUGGCCGAACGAGGCGGGAUUCGAGGGCUUGGACGAGAUAAGCGGUCCUGUUGAACUAACCGUGAAAGGCUCAAUUCCUUCGUGGGCCGCGGGUUCGCUGUACCGUACUGGACCCGGACAGUACAGCGUUGAAGGCACCCCUAAAGGUACAUUCUAUAUCACGCAUUGGUUCGACGGCUUCGGUCAUACCCAUAGAUUCGACAUUAUAGAGACAGGGGACACCAAGUCCCCCGUCAGAGUCGAGUACUCUUCCAAGCGUCAGAGCCCGGAGCUUUUCGAAGCAGUCAAAAGAGAUGGACGAAAGCCCGACGUCGGGUUUGGCCAAAAGAGGGACCCAUGUAUAGGUCUAUUUGGAAAGGUCAUGAGCGUAUGGCGAAGUUCGUCUGAGAUUCGAGGCCCUAGUAAAGGCCCGAAUUUCGAUAACGUAUGCGUUACGGUGAACGCCAAUGUGCCCGUCUUGCUAUCGGGUGCCACCGAAUCCGGUCACCGGGGGGGUAUUAAGUCUAUAUGGCUAGGUACGGACACCGGACUUAUGAAAGAAGUUGAUCAAGAUACUCUGGAACCAAUCGGAGUAGCCCAUCAAACCAAACUCCACCUGGAUCUUAAGGGUCCGCUCAGCUGUGCCCACGCCCAGAGGGACCCGGAGACUGGCGAUUUCUUUAAUUAUAACCUCGAAAUGGGUCGUUGCCCGGCGUAUCGUGUCUUCCGAGCAAAUGCAUCGACUAGAACCACCGACAUUUUGGCCACAAUAUCUGGCCCCGACAUAAAGCCAGCAUACAAUCAUUCCUUCUUCCUCUCGCCUUCGUUCGUUAUCCUGUGUAUCCCGUCGACACAUCUUAGCUUCUACGGUCUCAGCGUUCCGUGGAUGGGUAAUGUGGCCGAUGCUAUCGAACCCUUCAACGAGUCAAAGCUCUGCAAAUGGUAUGUCGUCGACCGUCUUAAGGGUCGCGGGGUAGUUGCAACAUUCGAUAGUCCAGCGGGUUUCUUCUUCCAUAGCAUCAACUCCUUUGAAGAGUGCAAUGAGAAAACUGGCGAUAUCGACUUGUAUUGCGACGUUAUUGAAUACCCCAAUACCGACGUGAUACGGGCGUUUGAUAUGGAUGUCAUAUUGAAUAGGGGAGAUGCAGCAAGAAAUUAUUGGGGCGAUGAGGAACGCGGCCGGAACUGUCUUGCUCGAUUGACGAGACGGAAGGCCACGAUCCCUAGGAUGAAUUCACUCGAUGGAAAUGUAUCGACUACCCAAGUAACGUCGGAAAAGAUAUUUGAGAUCAAAGCACCGCACGCCGGCGAACUACCCAUUAUCAAUCCACUUUACGCGACCAGGAAUUACCGCUAUGCGUACAGCAUAUCGAACCGCGGCUAUAGCACAUUUUUCGAUGCUAUCGUCAAAACAGACCUGGACAAGCGCGAAGCAUCGUUCUGGGAGAACCCAAAGGGUCAUACCCCGGGCGAGCCAAUCUUUGUGCCUCGUCCUAGAGCACAGGGCGAAAAGGAACUGGAUGAGGAUGAUGGUGUACUAUUGAGCGUUGUGCUUGAUGGGGUUGGUAAGACAAGCUAUCUUCUGUGCCUGGAUGCAAAGACAAUGAAGGAGUUGGGACGUGCUGAGUGCGGUUUCCCUGUCGCGUUUGGUUUCCAUGGCCUACACGCACCAUCGUCUUCGGGGCUAUAA